AUGAAUGCAGGCUCAAAAAAUCGAAAUUUCAAGGUGCAUAUGAAGGAUGGUGAAUUCUACAUUGGAUUGAAGGUCUUCACCAGUUUGGAGGCCUUGAUAGAGAACUAUCGAAGGCAUCCGAUUUUCAAGAAUGAACACGAGAAACACUUCCUUACCCAACCCUUCCAACAUCCUGAGUGUGGUGCUUUCCUUCCGACUGCAGUCGACAAACUACUACGCUCAUGA